AUGGUCGCCACAAGUAGUCCAGCUGAGCUAUGGAGCUAUAUUUUUGAAUAUCUAGAGAGACCUAGCCUUCGAAGCCUCUCAGUCGUCGACCAUGGAUUCCGCUCCAUCGCUGCACCGCUCAUGUUCAGGGCCAUAACCAUCCACCAGGAUCAGGCGCCGCAGUUUCAGCUAAUGCUCCAACAGACAGCAUACAAUAAACACGUCCGGGUCUUGGAAGUCUGCGACCAACUAGAACCAACUCUGGACCAGGAGGACGCUUUUUCCAAACCUGAAAAAGUAUUUGCCUACUUGCCGGACUACUGGCCUCCUCAGAAGACGCACGCGCGAGACCCAUCUUGGCAACCCGUCGCUGCCUUGCUACGAUCUCUUCCAGUGCUGACCGACUUGAUCUGGACAUGUCCACAGCAGUUUCCGACUUGCCUCUUGAGGAGUUUGCAUGAUAACGUGCGUUUCGCGGCAUGUAGACUACAUCUACGAACGUUCCGACUUCGCAGUCUGGCUACCACAGAGACCAUCAUUGAUGCGCAUGAGUUGGAGCUUGUACAGUCUCCUAACUUGUACAGCAUUUGGGUUUGCUAUGAUGGAGACGAUGUCUCGGGCAGUACAAUUCGAUUACCAGAAGCUGUAUCUUGCGCUAUGAACGGCGUAGCUCCUAAUUUGCGCGUUGUGCGACUACGACAGGCAAUCAUCCAGAUGCUUCCGGCAUUCCCAUUGAGCGCGAGCCAAAAUCACGAGAAUAAGAAGAUACGAGGCUUGAAUUCUCUUCUCCCACUUCAAGAGCGCCACUGUGGCAGUGUAGAGCAACUUCAGCUUAUCGGAGCUGGCCCAGCGCUUCGAGCCGAACAAGUGGUGGGUUGGUCAGAAUGUACUGAUUUCAACUCUCUUCGAACACUCAUACUGGACGCCGAUAUUCAGGGCGAGGCUCUCUCUUCACUUGCGGGUUACAAUUUCCCCAAUCUUACCACUUUGGCCCUGUCGCUACAGAUCGAGGCUGGUAUGAUGAGUAUCCCCGAAAAUCGACCCUACGACUCCAUCUCCGGACCGGCUCGAGAUUUUCUUUGCAGCCUACCACCACUUAGGAAACUAAGGCUGAAGGGAGAAAUUCGACAUAGCUCUUUACAGGACGUGCUAGUGUAUCAUGGCCCAGCACUACGAACCUUGCAGCUUAUCCCGAGCGGAUACAGCCCACAUCGGCUCUCACUUCUACCCAGGGAAGUACGGUGGAUAGGAGCCUACUGCCGAGUCCUACAGAAUCUCAGUCUCCAAAUCCUCCGGUCUCGUGGAGACGCCGACGAAGUGGCCGCAUAUUCGUCCCUGGGAAGUAUCCCAUGUCUCCAAACGCUAGAUUUAAGACUCGAUGCAUCAGACUACAUCGCCCUACGCAACGAGGAGGGCAUCGAAGAACCGGACCCAGACCCCGCUCCUUGGGCCCCAAUCCUCGCCCCUGCGAAGCCGCAUUUCGACGACUUCGAUAGGGAGUUCGGGAGCUUUCGGGACAGCGGCGGGCUGCUGGAUCCGCUUAAGGGCCAAUUCAGAGACAUGUUCGUCAAUGCUGCUCUGGAUCGGAAGCUCGUACAGUCCAUCUUUGUGAAACUUUCUGGAGCGAAACCCGCUCGGAGCAUGCCUUUUGAUCGAGUGGAAAUUCGAUCUGUAGGUGGUGGGGAUUUUGGGAAAGGACCGACUCCAGCUGCUAUCGCUACGGUGAUGAGAGAGAUUCAACGUAGGUGGCUUUUUCAGACGGAGUGGAGCUCUGACGAACCGGGCAGGGGCUUUCGUGUUACGGAGCUCGAGUAUAACGAGACGUUGAAUGAUACUCACCUUGAUCUUGUUGGGAGCGACUUGGGCAACGAGGACGGUUUAGAUCCGAGAGCGGCUUUGAUUUUCAGAAGGUUGUGGGCGACCGAGGGCGAUUGGCGAAGAGAUUGGCAUAGUUUCCCUCUGGCUUGA